GACUGGAGUUCACAUGGAGGAUUUCAGUUGUUCUGUUUGCUUUGAACUGUUAAAGGACCCAGUGAUAUUGGAUUGUGGCCACAACUUUUGCAGGGCUUGUAUUGAUAAGGUCUGGGAUAGCCAGGAACAACCUUCCUGUCCUGAGUGUAGAAACCAAUGCCCAGCCAGAAAGUAUAUUGUAAACCGAUUGCUAGUUAAUGCUAUUCAAAUGGUGCAAACACAGACUCACAAAGUAAAGGGCCCAGACCAAGGACAGAAAAAUAGUGAACACUUUUGCAGAAAACAUGAAAAAAAGCUGAAGUUAUUCUGUGAAGAGGAUGAAUCUUUGGCUUGUUUGCUCUGUGUUCCAGAACACCGUUGCCACAGUUUCCUCCCUCUGCUGAAAGCUGUUGCAAUAUAUAAGGACAAACUAGCAUCCUCCCUCUGUUAUCUACAGUCCAAACUAAAAGAUUAUAAAGAAAUAAAAUAUCAACAAGAAACAAAGAUAUCAGAAGUUACAGCCAGUGCUGAAAGUUUACAGCUGCAUAUUGCAUCAGAAUUUUCAAAGCUUCAGCAAUUUCUCAAGGCAAAGGAAGAAAAACUUAUUAAGCAACUCGAGGAGGAGGAAAGUAGAAUUCUGAGACAAAUGAAAGAAAACCUGAGGAAAGUUAGAGAUGACAUUAGUGCCAUGGAAGGGACAAUAUCUGAUAUUCAGCAACAGAUACAGCAACAGGAUGCUGUGAUUUUCCUAAAGGAGAUCAAGUCAUUUAAACAGAGACUCACAAAAUGCAAGAUUGAAAGUGAAAGACCAAGAAUUGUCGCUUGCGACCUGAGCCUAGGCGAGUACAGUGGCCCAUUGCAGUAUGGUGCUUGGAAAGAAAUGAAGCCCACCCUUAAUCCAGGGCUGUCUAAUCUUUUACUGGACCCUAAAACAGCACAUGUUAUGCUUGUUCUGUCUGAAGACCUUAAAAGUGUGAGACUUGGUGACAAAUGGAAGAAGCUCCCCAACAACCCAGAGAGGUUUUAUUGCAGUGUGAGUGUACUGGGAUCAAAGGGGUUCACAUCUGGCAGACAUUACUGGGAGGUAGGGGUAAAGAAUAAAAAUGAGUGGGAUGUGGGAGUUGUGAGAGAGUCCAUAAACAGACAGUGGGGUGCAACAGAGACUACUAAACGUGGAUACUGGACUUUAUGCCUAAGGAAUGGGAAUAUGUACUGGGCUGCGGAUGUACCAUUCUAUCUAGGUGUUAAGCUUCAGAGGAUUGGAGUAUACCUAGACUAUGAGGGGGGACAAGUGUCAUUUUAUAAUGCCGAUAACAUGUCUCACCUUUACACCUUCAAAGAUACCUUCACAGAGAGAGUUUACCCCUGCUUCAGUCCUGGUUAUAAUUACAAUGGUACAAAUGUAGAACCCCUCAAAAUAUUUCACUUGAAGCUAUAAUGUUGCCUAGCAUGUAUCAGAUGUCACCAAAAUGUAAUAUUUAUGUUUCUAAAUAGCUGUGUAAUAUAUGUCCAGACUACUUAAACAAAUUAAAAAUAAACAAAGCUGAAUGCAAAGUUAAAAAGAUAUGAGUGAUAGUUGUACAGUUGUACAGUUGAAGUACACCAGGCAAAUAAAGACAUCUUUGUAUGAUUAAA